AUGCAAAAACCAUCAAAGUUCAGACCUGUUCAAGAGGUAUCGUCACAACAGCCGAAUUAUAUACAAGCGGAUGGCGUUUCAAACCUAAAAUGGCAAUCAAGCGAAAUGUUUACACAGCAAAAACUAUCCGAAGUUUCAAAGCAGAAGCCUCAGAAGGUUAUCAGCAGGGGCAUUGGUAUUUUUGUGAAAAACAAGCAUAGUGUGGUCGAAACGCAGACUUUGUAUUUUACAGAUUUAAAUAGCGGCAAAUGCGGAUUUAUUCAGUUGCUCUACUCCUCUGUCAUGAAGGGAUUAUAUCAGACGUUCCAAUUGAAUUUCAAAAUAUGUUGCAGUGACGAUGAUAAAAAGGAGCUUGAUACUUGGGAAAGCUUUAAACUUGACGGAAUUGAGUUAUUCACUGAUUUGAAAUUACAAUCCAAAAACGUCACUUUUGAGUUCAAAGAAUCUACAAGUGCUGGUACAACCUUAUCAAUUGUAAGUACGCUUUCCACGGCAGGAGAAUCCCGUUUACUGCAUAUCAAUUUGCAUGUCAAGCUUGGGAUGAGUAUCCAAAUUGGGCCAGAUGGAUGUAGUUACUUUUCUAAUAAGCCUUCGAAAACUCCCCAAGAGUCAAAAAAACGCCUACGGCAUGUGUUUGUACCGCAAGCUAUUUGCGACGGUACUCUCAAAUAUAUCAAGAACGGCCAAUUGACGGAAAUACAUCUACAAGGUGUUCCCUCGAUACUGAUUGGUGCUCUUCACACCCUCAAUCCAAUCAAAGCAGCGUGUAGAUGGAACUUUGCAGUGAUUCAAACUCAGAACAACUGCGGUAUCUGCAUGGAAUACACGACGCCUCCAGAUUUUGGCAGCGUCACUGUGACCAUAAGCAUAUUUGGCAGUCGGAACGAAUCACCAACCGUAUACGCAAGUUCUGUGCCUACAAAUAAACAUGUCACGUUUCUUGCAACUGCUAACGAUGCUAAGAACAAGUGGGAUUAUCCAACCGCUAUCCGAAUGCCACUUGGCCAUACUAAUUUUCUUGUUGAAGAUCGUUUACGUAUGGUGAACAAAUACGAUAUUUUGAGCGAAUUGCCCCGUAUCGUGAAAUCCACGGUUGAAAAUAUUGCAGGUCUGAAGCCCUGUAUUUAUCAAUAUUGUCAACGAACCAGGUUAGCUGAUGAAGACGGCAUAGCUAUUAUUGAAUCCACAUUUAUCACUUGA